GCCAAUCACGGAGCGCCGAGGGCGGGUUGCUGGGGGUUUCACCGUAACCACAAUAAAGCGAAAAGAGACAGCUGCUUCCGCUAACGGGAUCCGACCUGCUCCGAUGUAGCGAGAGGGAAAGAGACAGAAUUAAAGCCAUGCCAUUCCUGGGUCAGGACUGGCGCUCUCCAGGCUGGAGCUGGAUGAAAACUGAUGAUGGAUGGAAAAGGUGUGACUUCUACUGUGAUUAUGAGAGAGAUGACAAUUUCAACCUUCACUUGCUAAAUGUUGAUAAUCCAGACUUCUAUGCAGCUGACAAGUUAGACGUUUCAGCACAAAAGAGAAGAAAAGAACAAUUUAACAACACUACAAAAUGCCAGAACUUUUAUCAUGAGAAAUGGAUUUACAUACAAAAAGAAAGCACGAGAGAAAGACAUGGUUAUUGCACACUGGGUGAAGCAUUUAAUCGUUUAGACUUCUCAAGUGCAAUUUGGGACAUCAGAAGAUUCAAUUAUGUGGUGAAGUUGCUUCAGUUAAUUGCCAAGUCCCAGCUUACAUCACUUAGCGGCGCAGCACAGAAGAAUUAUUUCAACAUUCUCGAAAAGAUUGUUCAGAAAGCAACUGAAGAUCAGUACAACCCACGUUUGAUACGAGAACUCCUGCAAGAUUUGAGCUCUAGCCUCUGCAUUCUGAUACAGGAAGUUGGGAGAUGUGUAUUGGUAGGAAAUAUCAAUAUCUGGAUCUCUCGCUUGGAGACUAUUUAUUCAUGGCAGCAACAGCUGAUGAACCUUCAGAUAACACAGCAUCUCGAUGGGGGCCCUACCAUUCGUGAUCUCCCUUUGCAUAUGCAGACCAAUAUAAUGAACAGAUUUACUGAUGCCUGGGACAUUAUUAAUCUUGGCCAAGUCACUCCUACACUACACGUGCUCAGCGAAGAUCGGCUUCUUUGGCAAAAACUAUGCAAGUACCAUUUUGCUGAGAAAAUGUUCUGCAGGCAUUUGAUUGUCUCAGAGAAAGGUCACAUUGACUGGAAACUGAUGUUCUUCGCUCUUCAGAAAUUUUAUCCAACAAGGGAACAAUAUGGGGACACUUUACAGUUUUGCCAGCAUUGCAGCAUCCUGUUUUGGAAGGAUUACCAGCUUGCUCUUAUAUUUAAGGACACAGGACAUCCCUGCACCGCCAAUGAUCCUGCCAGCUGUCUGAUUCCAGUUUCUCCCCAGCACUUUAUUGACCUCUUCAGGUUUUGAUUGUCACCUUCUAUUCCCCCAUCCCUUUGUUUUUCUUUUAAUGUCUGCUGUAUUGAAAAAAAACAAACAGGUACAAUACAUCAGAAAAUGCAUUUUAAAAUACUAGGGAUGCACAAAAUGGGGAAUUUUUGCAGUCAGCUGAAUGCUGAAUCCUCCACCAAAGAUUCACGGUAAUAUGGAACCAGAUCCAUUCUGUAAUUCACAUUGAGAAGUGAGCAUAAUACUAUGAAUUCAAACACUACAUUGAAUCCCUUAGCUGGGCAUUUUUAGUGGAUGAUGUUUAAGCACUUAUGUCAGCUAGUUCUGCUGAUUGAUGGUACAAGUUUAAGAGACCAAAAUGUUAUCACUUUUUUUAGGCGUACUUAUUGCUGUCUGAUCAUUCCUUUUGUUGACACUAAAAUAUGAUAUCAGUAUGCAUUCCCAUAUCCUUGGCGACAUGCCAACAUGCAACAUGUACUUCUGUGGCUGCUUUGGUGCAUUAUUUCAUUCUCAAUUCCCUUCAUGAUAAUUGCAAAUUUCUUGGUUUCCUUGUGAGGCAACUUUGGAAAAGCUAAAGCGAUGCAUGUGUUUUACACUUUACAUAAUCACCAGUGGGAAGGCUAUGGCACACAAGGAGAUUAGUCGGCCUUGAUAUAUCUCCUCUGCCACAGGCGCCCAGUCUACUUGUCUGUCAUAGCCCCAUAAGUGUAAAAAUCGCAAAAUGCAUGCAAAAAAUUUGAAGACAGGGAAAAUGCUCAGUUAAAUCUGCAUUUGAUCUUAUUUCUGUUAAACGCUUAGACAGGGUUUUGCUUUUUAUCAAGAGGUUUUAUAGAAAUCCUUAAUUAUGCACAUUUCUGUUUAGCAGUCUAAAGACAAUGGCAGAAUCAAUGUAAUCCAAUGAAUCUAUAGAGUUGUUUUACAUACUGCCAGUUAUUUUCUAUGGAAAUACUAAAUCCUGUGCCGGAAAUUGAUUUCUCCCUUUCCGUUGGCUAAUGUAUUUGUAUUUUUAAAUGUCGUUGUUAUGUAUCUCUUUUCCUUUUUAUUUGUACAUGUGAUUUAUAUGGGACGAUUGUUUUUAGCAAGAAAUACUGUAUCUGUGUAUGGAGGGGAGCAGUCGUAAAUGUGUGACUUUGGGUAAUGUGCAAUGCAUGGAUAGGUCUUAAUCAUUUCAGCUUCACUCUGUGUCCUCCAUGGGCAGGGAAGUCACUCUAUAGGAUAAUAUGCUGAAGGAUAUAAAACUGAAUUGUAUUCUGACCUGUGUCUGUAAGCCAAAAUGCAAUUGAAUAAAAGGCAUAUUGUGUUUA